UUUCGCUAUUCGAGUGGGUGCUGGCGACAGACGGCUGUUAAGAGCGUAACGGACGCUGGUCUUUGACAGGAUGAUGGCGGCCUUAGCGGCCGGAGGCUACGCACGGAGUGAGACGGUGGAGAAGCUGCCCUCUGUUAUGGCGGGAGUUCCGGCGCGGAGAAACCAGUCCUCCCCGCCCCCUGCCCCACCGCUCUGCCUCCGGCGGCGGACGCGACUCGCGGCGGCCCCUGAGGACACAGUGCAGAACCGGGUGACACUUGAAAAGGUGCUUGGCAUCACAGCCCAGAACAGCAGUGGGCUAACCUGUGACCCUGGCACGGGUCAUGUAGCCUACCUGGCAGGCUGUGUGGUGGUGAUCUUGAACCCCAAAGAGAACAAGCAGCAGCAUAUCUUUAACACUACCAGGAAGUCCCUGAGUGCUCUGGCCUUCUCCCCAGAUGGGAAGUACAUAGUGACAGGAGAGAACGGGCACAGGCCAGCGGUACGCAUCUGGGAUGUGGAGGAAAAAACUCAGGUGGCAGAGAUGCUGGGCCACAAGUAUGGUGUGGCCUGUGUGGCCUUCUCACCCAAUAUGAAGCACAUCGUGUCCAUGGGCUACCAACAUGACAUGGUCCUCAAUGUCUGGGACUGGAAGAAAGACGUUGUGGUGGCCUCCAACAAGGUGUCGUGUAGAGUCAUCGCCCUCUCCUUCUCUGAGGACAGCAGCUAUUUCGUCACCGUUGGGAAUCGGCAUGUGCGGUUCUGGUUCUUAGAAGUCUCCACGGAAGCAAAGGUGACUGGCACAGUGCCCCUGGUGGGGCGCUCAGGCAUCCUGGGUGAGCUGCACAACAACAUCUUCUGUGGUGUGGCCUGCGGCCGGGGCCGGAUGGCGGGCAAUACCUUCUGCGUGUCCUACUCUGGCCUCCUCUGCCAGUUCAAUGAGAAGAGGAUGCUGGACAAGUGGAUCAACCUGAAGGUCUCCUUGUCUUCCUGCCUGUGUGUCAGUGAGGAACUGAUCUUCUGUGGAUGCACAGAUGGGAUAGUCCGCAUCUUCCAGGCCCAUAGCCUGCAGUACCUCGCCAACCUGCCCAAGCCACACUACCUGGGAGUAGACGUGGCACAGGGCCUGGACUCCAGCUUCCUCUUCCACAGAAAAGCAGAAGCAGUCUACCCAGAUACAGUGGCACUGACCUUUGACCCCAUCCACGAGUGGCUCUCCUGUGUCUAUAAGGACCACAGCAUCUAUAUCUGGGAUGUCAAGGACAUCAAUGAAGUCAGCAAAAUGUGGUCAGAGCUCUUCCAUAGCUCCUUCGUCUGGAAUGUGGAGGUGUAUCCUGAGUUUGAAGAUCAGAGAGCCUGCCUACCAUCCGGGUCUUUUCUGACUUGUUCCUCAGACAACACCAUCCGCUUCUGGAAUAUGGGUAGCAGCUCUGACACUCAGUGGCAGAAAAACAUCUUCAGUGACACCCUGCUGAAGGUGGUAUAUGUGGAGAAUGACAUUCAACACCUGCAGGACAUGUCUCACUUCCCAGACCGGGGCAGUGAGAAUGGGACACCCAUGGAUGUGAAAGCUGGGGUUCGAGUCAUGCAGGUCAGUCCUGAUGGCCAACACUUGGCUUCAGGCGACCGCAGUGGAAAUCUGAGGAUCCACGAGCUGCACUUCAUGGAUGAGCUGAUCAAGGUGGAGGCCCAUGAUGCUGAGGUGCUGUGCCUGGAGUACUCCAAGCCUGAGACAGGAGUGACUUUGCUGGCUUCAGCCAGUCGGGACCGGCUCAUCCAUGUGUUAAAUGUGGAGAAGAACUACAACCUGGAGCAGACCCUGGACGACCACUCUUCCUCCAUCACAGCCAUUAAGUUUGCUGGCACCAGAGAUGUCCAGAUGAUCAGCUGUGGGGCCGACAAGAGCAUCUACUUUCGUAGUGCCCAGCAGACCUCGGACGGGCUGCACUUUGUCCGCACCCACCAUGUCGCAGAGAAGACCACCUUGUAUGACAUGGACAUUGACAUCACGCAGAAGUAUGUGGCUGUAGCCUGCCAGGACCGCAACGUGAGGGUCUACAACACAGUGAGUGGGAAACAGAAGAAGUGCUACAAGGGUUCCCAGGGAGAUGAGGGGUCCCUGCUGAAGGUCCAUGUGGACCCCUCAGGCACCUUCCUGGCCACAAGCUGCUCUGACAAGAGCAUCUCGGUGAUGGACUUUUACUCGGGCGAGUGUGUUGCCAAGAUGUUCGGCCAUUCAGAGAUUGUCACCGGCAUGAAAUUCACCUACGACUGCCGUCACUUGAUCACAGUGUCUGGAGACAGCUGCGUGUUCAUCUGGCACCUGGGCCCGGAGAUCACCACCUGCAUGAAGCAGCAUUUGCUGGAGAUCAAUCACCAGGAGCAGCAGCAGCAGCAGCAGCAGCGGCAGCGGCAGCCCAAGCACCAGAAGUGGAGCAGUGCCCCCAGCCAGGAGACAUAUGUAUCCACACCAAGUGAGAUCCGCUCCCUGAGCCCUGGAGAGCAGACAGAAGAUGAGAUGGAGGAGGAAUGUGACCCAGAAGAGUCUCUGAAAACGCCGUCCAAAGAGAGCUUGGACCCAGAUCCCCAGUGCCUGCUGACCAAUGGCAAGCUGCCACUCUGGGCAAAGCGGCUGCUAGGGGAUGAUGAUGUGGCAGACAACUCGGCUUUCCGUGCCAACCGCAGCUACCAGCCACAUGGCCGUUGGGCAGAGCGGGCUGAGCAGGAGCCCCUCAAGACCAUCCUGGAUGCCUGGGCCCUGGAUUCCUACUUUACACCCAUGAAGUCUGAAAAUUCAGAAGACUCUGUUCUGGAAUCAUUGGAGCCACAGAACCUGUCAGGCCUGCUUAGUGAGUCAGAGAGUCCCCAAGAGGACAACCGAGGACAUCCUUCCUUCCUGACUCUACAGAGGGAAUCCACUGAGACAAGAGAGCUCAUCCUCUGCUCCUCAGAGGCAGAAGUGACAGUCACAGAGAUGCACAGGGAGUACUACGAGAAGGAGGCAGAUGCAGGACCUGAAGACCAGCGGGGCGACUCCUACCCCAGGGUCUCCUCCGUCAGUUCAAAGGAUCAGAGCCCACCUGAGGACUCCGGGGAGUCAGAGGCUGAAUUGGAGUGCAGCUUUGCCGAUGCCCGUUUCUCAGCUUCGCGGACUGACCCUGGCCCUCACCUCACUGUGACGAUGCCCCAUGAACCAGAGAACCCAAGUACAGAAGAGCUUUCCCAGCCUGAAGUGCCAGGCUUGGCCAGUGGCUCCUUACCCCAGACUCCUGAGCAGGAGAAGUUCCUCCGCCACCACUUUGAGACACUUACGGAUACCCCUCCUGAAGAGCUCUUUCAUGGAUCGGUGGCAGACAUAAAGAUCUCAGAGGCUGACAACCAUUUCUUCAAUCCCCGGCUGAGCAUCUCCACCCAGUUUCUCUCACGCCUCCAGAAGACCUCCAGGUUCCCUCCCCGGCUGCCCCUGUACCUUAUGAAGUCUCCGGAGGUCAAGCCUGCAGGCCAAGGGGGCAGCCAGCCCAAAGCAGGGCCCCUGAGAGCAGGUACUGGCUACAUGUCCUCAGAUGGGACCAAUGUCCUCUCUGGGCAGAAGGCUGAAGAGACCCCAGAGGCCUUGUGUCCACCAACUCCUUCCCUCCCAGGCCUGGCAUCCUGUGUCCCUUCUUCCUCAGUGCCAAUCACAGACAGGACAUCUGUACCUACCACAGGCCUGGAUCAGAGUGUCUGUGCCCUCUCCGCGUGUUCUUACCUGGAGACAACUAGUUCACAUACCAAGUUAUCACGUAGCGUUUCUCUUGGGGACAGUGAGGGCCCUGUGACAGCUGAGCUCUCCAGGUCACUUCACAAACCCUUAUCCAUGGGAGAACUGGCUUCCCUGGGCCAGGACCCUCAGGUCGUUCCCACCACAGUGACCCUCACUUCUAGAAUGGAAGGUCAUGGGCCUGCCAUGCCUUCCUGGGGCAACCAUGAGGCCCGAGCCAGCCUGAAACUGUCCUUAUCCAGUGUCUGCGGCCAGCUCCUCUCUUCGCCGCCACUGGAGCCACCCACCACAUGUGUGUGGUCUCAGGAACCUGUGGAUAUCCAGCCUGGUAUGGCAGUCACAGUAGCCAGCUUCCCAGCACCCAGCCCUGUAGAUGUGAGCACCUCGAGACUCCACAGCUCUGUGUUUCUCCCAAAGACCUCAGCCUCUGGGCCCCUCACCCCUCCUGGCCAUCCCAACAACCUCCAACUUCUAGAGCCCAGGUCUAGGACGGCUGGUAGCAACGCUGCUCUCCUGGAUCCCACCCCUGCCCCAGAUACACCCAGUGUGAUCCCGGGCAGCCCUGGACACUGUGGCGAGCCUGGGCUGCCUGCUGAGGUCCUGCCCCCAGCACUCCUUGAGCUGGGCAGUGUAGGAUCAGUCUUGCACAGGCUGCAGACUGCCUUCCAAGAAGCCCUUGACCUUUACCGAAUGUUGGCCUCCAGCAACCAGCUGGGGGCUGAGCAACAGCAGGCACAGACUGAGCUGGCCUCCACCUUCCACUGGAUCCACAGCCAGCUGGAAGCCAGCAACUGGACGCCUGCAGCUAACCCGGCUCCAGCCCAGACACCGCCUAGCCCAGGUCUGCGGUCCCCACCUACACUAUGUCCCCUGGCCAGCCCAAACCUGCAGGCCCUGCUGGAACACUACUCAGAGCUGCUGGUACAGGCUGUGAGGAGGAAGGCAAGGGGUGACUGAGGGCCUGCAACCCUCUACCAAAGCCCUGCUGCCCUGGAGAAAUGGAUUUUUAAGCAAAUAAACUGACUAAACUAAAUAAAGUGGUUUCCUGGAACCUG